AUGCCAUUGGCGCCUCAUCGCCGCCGAGGGUUCCCUCCACCGGUGACCACGGAGCGCUGCUUCGACGCUGCUUCGACGCUGCUCCGACGCCGCUCGCAUGAUCACGAUUGCCCUCUCCCUCUGCGAUCGCUAGCACUUUUACCUCUAUUUCUGCUGCUUCUCUUCAGUAACCCGGUCUGGGGUGGUGCUACCACCGUGCCCACCACCAUUAUCAGAAACAUCACAGCGCUCUCCAGUCAGAUAGCAUACGAGGAGCGCAUCGAUAGCAACAUCACCACGUUAACGACGACCAACGCCGACACCCUCAAUGGGGUCAUACAAGGCCUAUUAUACGUUCCCGAAAUAACCCGCAUGCCAUCCUGCGACGCCCAGCAGUACGACUUUAUCCCAAGAAAUGUUACUCGCCGCUCCAACCUCCCUCCCACAAACUACAAUCUCAUUGCUCUUGCUCCCUGGUUCAGUAUAGACUGCACUGUAGCCUACCUCGCAUCCGCCCGCUCCGAUCCCAUCCGUGCCUUUAUUUUUUACAAGCCAAACAAUUCGUCAAACAAACCCCAGGACGUCGACUCCCCCGUCUGGAACCUCGACGACGAUGGCGCGUGGAGGAAGCAAAACCAGUAUCCCGUCUUUGCCGUCUCGGGUCUCGAGGGUCAGAAAAUGAUGACUCAACUCAGCUACUACUCGGGGACUGUUGACCAGAUACCCCAUGGCCAGGAGAUUGCGCAACUCUACGGACCUAAUCCGAAAGACUAUGUUCGAAUAUGGACCGAGCUAACCAUGAAGAAUCCCGCCAAUAUUCCCGCUUUGUGGAUAUUUUUCCUCAUAGUCAUCAGUGCUUUGCUGGCCAUCAUCGGUGGAAUUUCGCUCACUAUGCAUCUGAUACAGAGGCGACGCCGCCACUCGCUGAGACGUCGCGUAGAAUCUGGCGAGGUUGAUCUGGAAGCCAUGGGUAUAAAGCGGUUGACCGUACCGUACACACACGUCAAGUCGUUCCCUCUAUUCACCUACAACCAAGACCCGGAUUCGCUCAACAGCCCGCCAACUCCCUCGUCUCCCGGCCCGCGUGGGAAAACGAGGAGAAGUCGCAGACAUGACCGAGUCGCCCCCAGUGAUAUUAUAUCUCCCAGUGAGCAGAGCGUUCGCAGCACACGGAGCGUGCGAAGCAAGAGGUCGAGUAUAACAGGGUCCGAUACUACUGCCACCAACUUCCAGCCUAACUGUCAUAUAUGUCUUGAUCGGUUUGAACAUCGUGUUACUAUCAUCAAAGAACUCCCUUGCGGCCACAUAUUUCAUCCCGACUGCAUAGAAGAAUAUCUUCUCGAAAACAGCUCAUUAUGCCCGAUGUGCAAAUACUGCCUGCUUCCUCGCGGAUACUGCCCUCCCAUUACCAACGGAAUGGUCCGCCGCGAACGUGCACUGCGGAAACUGCGAGGGAGAGUUGAUUUGGACGACUCCUCUCUGGAAUCUGGCGAGAACAAAAUCAAGGGCUGGACAAGGAAAAUACUCCACUUACAGCACCAUGCAGCUCCGCCCGAUGUUCCUCUGACGCCAAUCAAAGGCAAUAAGCCAGAUAAAGAUCCUUCUGGGAAGAAAACAUCCACGUCUACAGAGCAGCCUGUUGCGGAAACUGAAGCUGCUAGAGAAAUACCAUUGACGCCGUCUGGAACGACAAUUAUGGAAAUCUCCGAAUCUGAAGAGGAUGCAGUCGGAGAGACAACAGCCACUGUAACGCAGAAUCCGGCGGCGGCAACUCGGACAAAGACCCGCAAGCCUCAGCCUCGCGCUUUGAGAUUAUUACCCACGGCUCCAGAGGGUGUUGAGCUGGUAGUGACACAGCGUGCCGGAGGACAUAGCCCUUCGUCGUUUGCACGAGAGCGUAUGCGGGAGAUUGCAAGCCAGAAUGCGCCAUUUGAGGACCCGGACUUGAGGCGCCCUAAAUGGCGGCGCGUCAUCUCGAGUGUCUUUCCUGGAUUCACAUAA